GUCGGGAAAAAAGGAAGACCACAAAUUCCCAAGACAGUCCGAAAGAACUCCCACGGUCCACACUCCUAGCCAACUCCAACCUAUCCACCAUGGCCACUCUCCACUUCCCUCCCUUCACUCUCACCAAACACCAACCGACCGCCGCCAGGCCCCCCUCCUCCUCCUCGGUCCACCUCCAGCUUGGCCGCUUCCGGCCGCUCACGGUGGCAGUGAGAGCCUAUAAAGUUGUGGUGGAGCAUGAGGGACGGACCACAGAGCUGGAGGUGGAGCCCGACGAGACAAUCCUGUCGAAGGCCAUUGAUAGCGGGCUGGACGUGCCCCAUGACUGCAAGCUCGGGGUGUGCAUGACGUGCCCGGCCCGGCUCGCUAGCGGGUUGGUGGAUCAGAGCGAGGGCAUGCUCAGUGACGACGUCGUGGAGAGGGGCUACGCUCUGCUUUGCGUGGCCUACCCGAGGUCCGACUGCGUCAUCAAGACCAUCCCCGAGGAGGAGCUCCUCUAUUUGCAGCUCGCAACUGCUAAUGACUAAUUUGUCACGUCAGUCGGGGCCGUGUCACCGAAGUAGUAGAUUCAUAUCAUAUCAUAUCCUUGUUCUGAUGAUGCUUAGACUUUGAGAGAACUAGCAUAUUAAUUUUUGGUUCGAGAGGUUCGAGAUUAAUACGGGAUAUGCAAAGGAUGUUAUUGAAGUCUUGUGUGCUGAUGGGCCGAUUCGUAAUGUCGAUUUUAUUUCGUUCUUUCGGUUUUGUUGUUUGGAAUGUGCUGGAAAUGCAAUAGUGCCAGGCCAUGUUCAGAAA